AUGGAGGAGCCUACCCAUCAUCCGUGGGAGAAGUUUAUUGAUUUCUAUUUCAGUAUUGGCCUAACAUAUAAAGACAUCAAAUCCGUUCUUGCACGUAGACAUGGCUUUGACAUAAGUGAGAGACAUCUGAAAAGAAUACUGAGGGCGAGGGGGCUUUCUCGUCGUAAUGGGUACUGUGAUCUUGCGGUCCUGGUUGAAUUCAUCAGCAACGAACUACAGUACUCUGGCCAGCUUCACGGGUACCGGUGGAUGUACGCUAAAUGUAGAGAGCAUGGACUACGAAUAAAGAAGGAGGAUGUGCAGUUGGUGUUGAAAGAGCUGGAUCCGAGAGGAGUGUCACUAAGACAAGCAAGACGCCUACGACGACGGAGCUACUUUUCGAGAGGUCCUAACUUCAUUUGGCACAUGGAUAGCUACGACAAACUCAAGCCAUAUGGCUUUUGUAUCAACGGAAGCAUCGAUGGUUUUUCCAGGAAAAUGAUCUGGCUUAAUGCCUAUACCACGAGGAGUGACCCAAAGUUGAUCGGGGGUUAUUACGUUGAUGCAGUCCAGCGUUUAGGGGGCUGCCCCAGGAUUGUGAGAGGCGAUCUUGGGACCGAAAACGGCUAUGUUAGAGACUUUCAGCGGUUCCUUGUCCCGAUCCAUCCAGAUGGCACUGUUGAUAGCUACCUGGAGGGAGCAAGCACCGCCAAUCAACGGAUCGAGUAUUGGUGGGGUUUUCUGCGCAACCAGUGUGUGGAGUUCUGGAUGUCCUUGUUUGCAGACAUCAGAGACAAUGGAUUCUUUGAUGGCGGGUUUCUGGACAAGGCCAUCCUUCAGUUUUGUUGCAUGGGACUCAUCCAGGUGAGUGAGAGAGAGUGAGAGAGAGAGAGAGAGAGAGUGUGUGAAUGUGUGUGUGAGAGAGAGGGGGGGGGGGAGACAGGAAGGAUGGAGGGAGCAGGGGAGAGGAGAGAGACGGGGAAGGUGAGGAAAGAGACAGGGAGGAUGGAGGGAGGGGAGGGAGGAGAGAGAUGGAGAAGGUGAGGAAAGAGACAGGGAGGAUGGAGGGAGGGGAGAGAGGAGAGAAAAGGACUGAGGGAGGAGAGAGACGGAGAAGGUGAGGAAAGAGACAGGGAGGAUGGAGAGAGGAGAGAAAAAGAUUGAGGGAAGAAAGAGACAUAGAGGAGAAUUGUGGAUACAUUUUUUGUUGCACUAUUAAAUUAUAUACUGUUUGUAUGUACAGUUCUUCCUAAUUCUAUUUUGUAUAUUCUUUUUUACAGGAUGAGUUGGAUGACACUGCACAGGUCUGGAAUACCCACACAAUCAGACCAUCAAAAAACAUCAGUGUCCCCAGUGGUCGGCCGAAUGUGAUGUAUGCAUUGCCUCAACUCUAUGGGACCAGAGACUUCCUUUCCCCUGUUGAAGAUGAACAUCUUCAGCUGUGCAAAGAUGAAUGUGUUUUUUGCCGGCCGAUACCAUGCGAUCCAGACGUGUACGAACUAUGCAACAUCUUAA